AUGCCGAUGGUAGGGCAGGCUCGAGUCGACGCCGCGGGCGCCUUAUGCACAAGCACUACUCACCAACAACUGGCCAAGGAUACCUCCCGAUCAGUCUAUGCAUUGGAUCUGCGCAAUCACGGCGACUCCGGCCACCAUCCGAAACACGAUUAUAGGGAACUCGCGCUAGAUGUGCGAAGCUUCAUCGAGAAACACCGCAUUCGAGAGCCGACGAUCAUCGGACAUUCGAUGGGAGCGAAAACAGCUUUGACCUUGGCGCUAGAAUCCCCCAACCUCAUCAAAGAUGUCGUGGCCAUCGACAACGGUCCCAUCCAUCUGCCGCUGACAUCGGAUUUCCUUGGGUACCUCCAAGGCUUGGCCCGAUUGCAACAGGAGCGGAUCACGAGCCAUCGGCAAGCCGAUGAAAUUCUGGCGGCAUAUGAGAAGGACCCCGCUAUUCGACUUUGGCUCAUCAGCAACCUCGUGAAGAAACCAAAUUCGCCACAUCUCGAUCUGCGAAUCCCUGUGGAGAUCCUGAAAACGGCUAUGGGGCCUUUGGGCGACUUCCCCUACCGAGAGACCCAGGAAGAAGGAAGAUGCAGGCAGUUUCACGGGCGGGUGCUCUUCCUGAGAGCACUUCGGAGUCAUUACAUUCCGGAAACGGCAUUUCUGACGAUGUCUUCGUUCUUCCCAGCCUCCAAGAUCGUAGAUAUCGAUAGUGGUCACUGGAUCGUUCAAGAGAAACCGGAGGAACUCCGGCAAAUUGUUACCGAGUUUUUAUCAUAG